AUGGCUAAACGUACGAAGAAGGUUGGCAUUGUCGGUAAAUAUGGUACUCGUUAUGGUGCAUCAUUGAGGAAAACUGUGAAGAAAAUGGAAGUCACUCAGCAUUCCAAGUAUACUUGUGCGUUCUGUGGGAAGGAAUCCAUGAAAAGGACUGCUGUAGGUAUUUGGACAUGUGAGAAAUGUGGCAAAGUCGUUGCAGGUGGUGCUUAUGUUUAUGGAACUACUGCUGCGGCGACAGUUAGAAGCACUAUCCGUCGUUUGAGGGAAAAUAAGGAAUAG